AUGUCCCUCAUCACGGAUGAUCCCAACCACUCCCCACGGCACUGCGCCGCCAAGCACCACCACCGCGCCGGGUGCGGCCGGUUCAGCGGCACUGCCUGGCGCCGGCUGCUGAUGGCGUCGUCGUCCCUGGUUGCACUGGUCAUCAUACUCUGGCUCACCCUCCGCCCUUCCGCCCCGCGCUUCUCCCUGCUCGCCGCCACCGCCACCGCCUCCAACGGCACCCUGGCGCGCCUCGAGGCCGCCCUCGUCGCGCACAACCCCAACGCGCGCGCCGCCGCACUGUACGACCGCCUCGUGAUCCAGGCCUCAUACGGCGCCGGCGUCCAGCUCGCCGCAGCCGCCCAACCGUUCGAGCAGACGCAGGGAGACGUCGUGCUCUCUGCCUCGCUGACCUCAUCAGCGGCGCCGGCGGUGGUGUCAGCCGUUGAGGCGGAGACGGAGAGCGGGCGGCCGACGGCGCUGCUGAGGCUGCGCGUGGAGGGUCAGCUCCGGUGGAAGGUGGCUUCGUGGGUGUCCGGCCGGCGCGCCCUCGCCGCCCAGUGCGUCGCCGUCCUGGUGCUCCAGCCGGCGCAGCAGCUCAGCAGGGCCGUCGUCGUGCAGGGAUCCCAGUGCGCCACCACUCUCCAGUGA